AUGACUAUCAUUCUCUAAAAUAUAAAAGGUGCUGGAGCUUCAGGUGCUGUCUAUUAAGGCUUUAUAAAAAAUAAUAAUUAAUAAGUUGCUAUAAAAAUAGUUUAAGAGUUAAGUGAUAGAGAGAGUUAAAUAUUACAAUAGAUACAAAUAUAAAAAAAGAAACAUAUUAUAAUUAUAUACGCAAUAGAAAAUUUUAAAAAUUAAGUUAUUGUUGCAAUGGAAUUGGCAGAAAUGGAUUUUUACUAAUUUAUGAAAACAAAUCAAUUUAAAACAUCUGAUGCAAAUGAGAGAAAUUAAUUAUAUUUAUAAGUAUCAAUAUAAUUUAUCUUAGAUGCUAUUAGGAGUUUAAGAAUUUCAUAAUUUAGGUUACUUACAUAGGGACUUAAAACCAGAAAAUUUUGUGUGUUGUCGUGAUUAAAACUAAAAUUUAAUCAUUAAAUUAAUUGAUUUUGGCAUCUCUAAAAUUCAAUUAAAUUAUGGGGGUCAAACCAUGAAAAUAGGAACACCUUAUUAUAUGUCUCGUGAAAUCAUCAAUAAUGAAAGUUAUACUAAGGCUAUUGAUGUUUGGGCAAUGGGACUUAUUUGGUAUGAAGUCCUUACAGAAUCAACAUUUUUUAAAGGUAUAAAUUAUUUUUAAUCUAGGUAAUAAUUAAUUAUAAAUCAUUAAUCAGAUCUGUUCAAUUCAAUAAUCUCAAAUUGAUUAAAAAAUCGAUGCCCUCACUAUGAUUUAAAAUAAAUAUAAAACAAUUAUGAAGGGAAUGAUUUGCAUUGAUUAGCAUAAAAGAAUUUCUAUAGAUGAUGCAAUAUAUAAAAUAAAUGAAUUUUUUUAGGAAUAAAAAAUAGAAAAAAUUUAAGUAGAUUUAAAAAUAUAAUAUGAAGAAAAAGAAAAAUUAAUCAAAUUAGAAAAUGAAAGGAAAAUUGAAGAAAUUCAGAAUAAAUUAAAAUUAGAAUUGGAAAAUGAAUUUGAAUUAUAAAAAGAGUAACUCAAAUUUGAAUACAAUUAAAAAAUUUAAUAGAAGGAAAUUGAAUUAAAAUAAAUUAAUGAGUAAAAACCUCUUAUAGAAUAAAAUCAGCAAAAUUUAGAGGAAUAAAAAUUGAAAUAGGAAUUAUAAUAUUAAAUUGAAAUGAAUGAAUACAAAAAAAAUUGUAAAUUAGAUUAUGAAUAAAAAAUUGAAUAAAUUUAACUUUAAUAGAGAGAGAUAUUUGAGAAAAAUAAAUAUAUUGAAGAAUAAGAAAUUUAAAAAAAAAUAAAAGAAGAACUCACUAAAUUAUACUAAAUAGAAUUGAAUAAGAAAUUAUAAGAAUAAUAAUUAGAAGCUGAAAAUUAUUAGAAAAAAGAAUAAUAUCAUAUUAAAAAGCAAAAUUAUAUUUAUAUAAUUAAUCUAUUAAAAGAAUCUAUUUAAAAUGCUAUAUUCGAUAUUAAUUAAAAAAAAUAAAAUAUAAAUGAUUUAUAAAUAGAGAAUUAAGAUAAAUAUUCUAUAUUAAACUCAAUUUAAAAAUUUAUAAAAGAUAAGGAAGAAAAAUUAAGUGAAAUUAAUGAAGAUGAAAAUAUUUUUUUUACUUUAGAUGAAAGUUUAAAUUUUUCUAAGUUUGUAGAAUUUGAAGUAAAAUAUAAAAAUUAACUUCAAAUUCAUAUUGAGGAAAAAAAUAUGAUCGAUCAAGAAAUUAAUAAAUUUAUGGUUGGUUAAUUUAAAAGAUAAGAAUAAAUAGUCAGAGAGGAUAAAAAAAGGUAAGAGGAACUUUAAAAUCAAUAAGAAAUGAAAAACUUAAAUUAACAUUAAUAAAUAUUAAAAAAUCAAUAUAAUGAAUUCUAAAUAUAAAUUGAAAAUAUUAAGACAAUAUGUGAAAAUUAUUCUAAUUAUGAUCAAAACAUAAGUAAUCAUUUUAUAAGAUUAAAACAAAAUUCUAAUCAAAUAGCUUUAAGCUUUAACGAAGUUAAAUAGUAUUAUUAAUCUUUAGAAAAUAAUGUUACUUAAGACUAUAUUAAUCUUAUAAAAUUAAAAUUAUAAGAAAUACAUAAUUAAUAAUAAAGAUUGCAAGAGAAUAUUAUUUAAGUCAACUAAUCUAUUUCCACUUAUGAAUAAUAGUUACAAGAACAAAUGCAUUCUUAUUUGACAUAUAUUUAAUAUAAAACAUAAGAAAUAUAAUUCAAAAUCGAUAAUAUCAUAAACAAUAAUUAUGAAAAUAAUGAUAUGAUCUUAAAUUAGUUUUAAGAGAAAUAAAAGUUAAUGGAAGUAUAUAUUUAAAAACUAAAUAAAUUAAUUUCAAUAAAAAUUUGUGAUUCAAUCAAUGAGUUUAUGUAAAUUAAGUAAAGUUAUGCAAAAGAAGAAAAAAUAAUAACAGAUUUAUCAGAAAAAUUAUAAUAAAAAUAAUUUAGUGUGACUAAAAUAAAAAUAAUGACAUAAAAAUACUAAGAAUUCUAUUUAGAUGUAAUAAGCUGUUCAAACUAAUAUAAAUAAUCAAUAGAAUAACUCUAAUCUUAAUUAAAUUAAAUUAAAUAGAAAAGCUAAAAAUUGGAAAAUUAAUAAAUUAUGUUCUUAUUAAAAAAAAAAUAAGAUGAAAUUAAUGAAUUGAUGAAAGAAGCUUAAGAUAGAUUCGAUGGUUUAUUAAAUAGGCAUAAUUAAAAUUUAGAAUCUUAAUUAAUGCUGAAUAACCUAAAAGAGGAAUAUAAAUAAAUUUAGACUGAAUUUGAAGAAAAAAAAUAGGAAUAAAUGAAAUAUAUAAUAGAAUUAAAUAAUAUAUUUCGUUCAGAAUAUAAAUCUGAAGCAGAUUAAAAAUUAAAAAAGUUGUAUUGUGAUUUCACUCUCUUAAAUUAAGAGUUUGAUCAAAAAUAAAUUGAAUUAAAAAAUUUAGAUAUUCAAAAUUAUAGCUAUAAAGAAAUUAUGGAUUAACAUUAAAUAAAAAAAGAAGAACUUCAAAAAUAAAUAAAAAUGAUUGAGUCUUUAGAGAAAAAAUUCAAAGAAAAUUAAGACGUAACUAAUGAUUUGCUGAAUCAGACAGAACUAAAUACUAAUUUUUAUGAACAAUAAUAAAAACUUAUAUCUCUUUUGAACGAUUCCAAAUAGAAGAGUGAGCAAAAUUUUAAAAAGUUAUAAUAAAUAAAGGGUAUAAUCAAUAAAAAAUAAGAAAAAAUCAAAUUUUUUAAUUUGUAAAAUGAAAAUUCAACCUAAGAAAAAUGGAUAUAAACAUAUAAUAUUGUAGUUUAAUUAAAUUAAGAAUUGCUAAAUUAUAAAUAAUAAAUUUAAGGGGCUCAAAAUAAUAAUUAUGAUUAAUUAGAUUUUUUAGAUCAAUAAUUUUAAAAUUUAAAGAAUAAGGUCUAAGAGAUGUUUAAUUAAUUACCUUAAAAAAAUGAUAUUUUACAAUUUAAAAAAAAAUUUGAAAUAAAUAAUGAAUCUUUUUAUAAUACAUGUUCACUUAUCAUAUUGCUUAAAGGUUAUAACAUAAAAAGGUAUAUUUUAAGACUGAAAGAGUUCUAAGAAACAUAAAAAUAAAAAUAAUAAAAAUAAAUUAAUAAACUUAAUGAAUAGAUAAAGAACGAAUAACAAAAUUCUGAAAAUAUUAAAUAAUAUGAAAUGGAACGACAAAAGAUUUAAUAAAAGAAAAUAAUUUUUACAGAUAAAGUUAAAUUCUAUGAAUUUGAAGUUGAGGAAAUUGUUAAAAAAUAUGAACUUUAAUUAGAAAGGAAAGACUUGAUUAUCAAGAAUAAGGAAUAUAAUAAUGAUGAAAAUAAAUUAGAUAAAUAUAUAGAAGACAUAAGAAAUCACAUUAUUACACCAAAUACUGUUAAAAUGAAAUCAAAUAUCAAGGAUUAAAAAUUUAAUAAAGAUUUUUGUAAUAAAUUUUUAGAUGAAUUAGAAUUCUGUAAAAUUAUAGGAUUAAAAGAAAUACUUUAAAUUGUUAAAUAAUGA